AUUCGUUUUGCCAAACACAAAUAUUUUACAAGUCUGCUUAUCAUUAGUUUUCACUUACUCGGAUUGAAACUUAUCUUUAAGAAAAUACGAAAUUUUACAUAUUUGUUAUGAAAUCUCGUAGAUCAAUGAUCUAAGAUCAUGUAAUAGUUAUGCCUUUGAGCAUGAAAUUUACACAACGAAUCAACUAAAUAGUUAAAUACUACAAAAAAUAAGCAUGCAUACAUUUGACGUACUUAAUUAAAUUAGUAAAAUCACAAUUCAAAAAAAUUGCCAAGUUUUGAAAGUGUUCCGUCAUUUCAAAAUUCUCUAUGAAAAACUUUGUAAGGAAUGUAUUUUUACAUAGUUUACAAGUAUAAGCGGUUUUUUUCACGUUUAUGCGGUUUCUGCUGCAUAAAUAAAACACAGCACACACAGCUGAGGAGAGUGAUUUAUUAUAAUAAAUAAAAUUGAAGAUUAAAAAUUAACUAUUUUCUCGUGUACACAAUGAACCACCGCAUGAUAAGCGAUCUCCCCCCUGGAAUUGCGACAGUGGGUGUGCCCGUCGCCGGGGUCGGAGUAAUGCAGACACUUAUGUGGCCCGAAUUUCCAAACAAUACAAAAGAAGCCAUUCAGCAAAUUGAUCAGAUGUAUUACUCAUUAAAAGCACAGAAAAGGAAAUGGACCCCAGAAGGAGUAAUUGAUAUAGUAAACAAACUGAUAUUCAACCUUUUAAGUAGUCGAGACCUUAAAAAUACGAGACUGACAACCGUUCAAAAGUUGGGACUGGCAGAAAUCAUAUUGAGUCAUUUGACCUCUUGUCGAAACGAUGUAGAUCGCCAGGAACUGUUCAAUACUUAUUUUUACACUUCAAAUUACUACAAUGGCGACGUUCCCCUUUUAAUUCUUAGCUCAGUGACCUCACUCGCCAUGGCGUUUCGUAAUGAGUAUGUCCUUCAAUGUAUUGGAUUCUGGGUCAUGAAUGCUGGACUUGACAACCCUGCCGUGUUAUAUCUUGCUGGCGACGUGACAAAAGAUUUAGUGACGGAUGAGAAUCCUGAAAAAUAUGACGAUUUACCGAAAAAAGCUCCACUUUUUACGGCCGCGAUGCUCAUUGCGAUUGGAAAAAGUUUCAGAAAUACUGCUCCACCUAAACGAUUAAUUACCCAAAUAACGAGAUGGAUCGAAAGUACACCAGCAGUUUGCUUCAUUCCCCCACUUUCAGCUAUAUUUGAAAUGUUUAAAUGGGUCAUUAACAGCGAAGAUGACGAAUCCAGAUUGCAUUACGCUUUGAUUUCUGCGAUAGAACGGGGUGGAAAAGGGGCACAGUUGCAGGUUAUUCCUCCAGUGAUGACCUUGAUUCAAGAUUUGAGAGUUAAACGAGAAAAGAUCUUAGCUGCCGGGUCGUCAGCAUCGCUCACAUCUUUCCACCAGAUCGACAUUGCGCUGGACAGACUUUUCCAAGUUAUUCAAAUGUUGAUAGCUUCAGAGUGUCUGGAUAGGAAUGAGAUACAUCCAAUUUUCGAAUCCACUGAAGAAGCACGACUUCCUCUCACCCCUUUUUACGAAAUUAUGAAAGGCAUUCAUAUGAAAUAGUUGAGAUAUUUGUUAAAUAAAGCCAAUUUAUGUAUAUUUUUUGUUUUAAG